UGAUAGAUAGUUGAUAAUGACUGUUUUUUUCCUCUUGUAGCCAGUAAGCUAUAUUUUUUAGCCUGAGUCACAUGGAUAAGAAAGAUUCAUUUACUACGGCUCACUCAACUCCACCAUACCUGAACACUUCCAUCUCAUGGGGACUUCCAACUGAAUCGAAUGUUCAGAGCUACGCUGUGAUUGAAUCACUGAGUUUGAAGGUGCAUGCAAGAUCAAAACAUGUUCUUAACCCAACUAAAAUCGGUUUCCAGGACAAGGACCCUUCUUCAACUCAGUCCACUGAUCAAUCCUCUACUGAAGUUGCAACUACCGGAGAUGAUGAUGAUGAUGAUAACCAUUCGAGACAAAUCUCAUUUUCAGCACAACCAGUUUCUUCUUUAGAUAGCUUUGAAAAAACUCAAAGGAAGGGAUUUCCAAAUAAUAUAAAAUCAGGCUCCUCCUACACGACAGGAACCUCAGAUAUUCACUUUGCUCCUGGGAAGGCUAACUUCUCCUGUUUUGGUGGUUACCUUCCACAUGCAACAGUAUGGAAUCCCAAAAUGGUGGGUCGAGUUCCCCUACCACUGGACUUCAUUGACAAUGAGCCCGUCUUUGUCAAUGCGAAGCAGUUCCAUGCAAUUAUGAGGAGGAAGGAGCAACGUGCAAAGCUAGAGACUCAAAACAAACUAAUCAAAGCGCGUAAGAUACAACAGCCAUAUCUUCAUGAAUCUCGACAUGUUCACGCUCUUAAACGACCUAGAGGAUCUGGUGGAAGAUUCUUAAACACCAAAAAGCUUCAAGAAUCUAGAGAGCCAAAACAUGACACGUCAAUCCAACAGAAAGACACCAUGGGAAACAUGUCUGGAUUCGUGGCCCAUCAGCUGCACGCCAGCAACGACCUUGGUUGUUCAACCACAUCAGGAUCCGACAUAACCUCUGUCUCUGACGGAGUUAGACGCUAUGAAAUCCAGUUAUCAGAUUGUCCACCUCAGACAAAACCAACUAUGUAUAUUCAUGGUCAGUCAAAUGACAUGCAUGGAGGUGGAAGGAACACUCACCACUUUUCCGUCCAUAUCUGAGACGGUUGGAAUCUGGUGCUGUUUAUGUUCCCCACAAAGAGGGAAGUCAUCCUUGGCUGUUGGUUCGCUUCUUCUUGGCUCUUAUUUCACGUUUUGAUGUCUAGGCUGAACGAUGAAAAAAAGACUUCAAGCUUCAUAUCUUGUUUUGUCCUUUGUACCAUGAAUCAUAUGUAAUUAACUCUGUGAUAUAGUCUCUUCUCUUUGAUUUC